AAAAUAUAUGAAAUAAUCUUAUUAAAAUUCCACUUGUACCAAUCGCGACAAAGUGAUACCUUACCAGCUUUGGGAAAGUGUUGGGUGUAUCAACUGGCAUAACCAACACAAAGCUGCUUUGGUGGAUGAUGGCACCAGCAGAGCAUUUGUGUGUGGUGCUUCUGCUCUGUGUGUGUGCCUGUAGUGGUGUAAGUGACUAUUACUCUGUGCUUGGAGUUUGUCGCUCUGCCUCUGCAAAAGAGAUCAAGAAAGCGUUUCACAAACUGGCUCUUAAACACCACCCUGAUAAGAACCAAAGCCCCAAUGCACAGCAGACCUUCACAAACAUUGCUCAGGCCUAUGAGGUGCUGUCUGACCGAGAGAAGAGGAUAAUAUAUGAUCAAAUGGAAGAUCUUACUAACCCUGGGCAGGGCAGAAAGAGAGAGGGAAAGAAAGAUCAGAGGGAGGAAAUGGGCAGUAAUCCAUUCUUUGAUAAAAGUAAAAGGGGUUUUCAGCAUUUUAGUCUAGAAGAGCUGCUUCAGACGCUACAGAUGGAUGAUGGCUUGUAUAUGAGCGGAGAACCUAGUUAUGAAGGAUGGAGUUUUAUUUUAGGGGCUGAGGAUGAUGAUGAAAAAGUCUUCCUCAGUGAUCUUUUUAACAUGUUGUGAUUUUCAGGGUUUGUGUAACUUCAUGAGAGUUUUUAAAUUAACAGGGUUUUUUUUUUUAUUUUAUUUUUUAUUAUUAUUAUUAUAAAAAUGCUUCUGGACAAUUGCCCUGCUUCUGCAUUAAGUAAUUAUGUUGUAAAUAAAACUUUAAACAGCUUUAAAAAUAACUUGUUUUUGUAUAGAGAUGCUUUUUUUUUUUUCUUUUUUCUGUUGUUGUAAAAAUUGUUGACUCAAAUAAUUUCAAAGAUGAUG